GCCAGCUGUCUGGGCGUGUUAGCGACCAUCCUCGCCUUGCCCACCCGUUUCCAGGGCCUUCGAAGCUCCCCCGCAGGCACCGGGCCAGGCACGAAUGCUUGCGCCACCUGCUCCCCCACCUGACAAUGCCAUGCUCUGGCCAGGGUCGACUUCCCGCUUCGAUAUACAAGUCCCCCCAGCCCUCCAAACCUCCAAGUGGCAUCCGCUUGCCAACACGGAAACACGGACCUAAGCGCCUUUCUUUGCAAAUAGACUCAGCUGUUGGCUAGACGGAUCGUACAUUUGUUGCUCGCAACGUCACGCUCACUCAUCCACGGAUGGCGUCAAACGUCAAGGUCGUCGGCACUGACCUCCGGCAAGUCGUCAUCAAGGUCAACCCCAGCACCCGCCUUACCGAAGUUCUCGAGCAGGCCUGCGAGAAGCUCAAGGUCUCUCCGGCACGCUUCCAGCUCAGGCACAAAUCGAAGCUCGUCGACCUCUCCCACACAUACCGCACUUCCGGCCUUGUACAGGGCGCAAGGCUCGAACUUGUCGCUCGCUCAAACACUCCAACACCAAUCAGCGUUGCGCUCCAGCUUCCGCCUCCCGAGGGAGGCAGGCUCACGAAGAAGCUUCCUAGCGAUUACACAAUAUGGAAGGUCCUGCGUCAGUUCGAGAGCGAAAAGGACGCCCAGGGCAGAGCACGCAACUUCACCGAGCGAGGAAUCCCGGCGACGGCGAAUGGCUCUGGCAGCGGGCAGCUCUACUACGAGACCCCUGUUGUCCAGCUAGGCAAUGACACCCAGAAGCUGUCCACCUUUACAGACUUCCAGAAGACCUUGUCGCAGCUCGGCUACAACACCGGUGGAGUUCUGCUUCGAUUGUCAUUCCAGAGGACGGAGAGGACCUUCUUCGAAGCGACUACUGAGAUAGACCAGUAUUUCAAGGAGGACGUUGCCGACAAGCAGCCAGCGAAUGCCGAGACUCAACAGACACAGUCGAGCGAAGUUCUUAACACCCAGACGGAGAGUACUUCGCAAUCAGAGGCCGCCUCUUCUCAACCUGUUGCGCCUCAGCAUGAAUCGACACUGUCGACAGGAGUUGGUCAACAGAUGGAACUCACUUCCGGAACGACACCACGGAGCGAGGAACCAGUUAGAGAGCAAGCCAGCGAUGAAAAUACUAUGGUCGUCGGGCCCCCUCCUACUUCAACAGAAGCUCGGCCUAUUAGAAUAUACGAAGCGCCGUCUUCAACCGCGCCAGCAGCCGCUGUCGACAAAGAUGCGGAUGAGGCCUUCGUUCCUGGUAUCGAACAGGCCCGUGCUCAUCAGAGCUUGCUGAAAUCGUUGGGAGAGAACAAGCGGCUGCUUUCCGAUCGCGAACUCGAGGAGAAAGCUGCUGCCCAAAAGGAGGCGCUGGCGAAGACGCAACAAAUUCUGAUUAGAGUCAGGCAUCCCGACAACACGAUGUUCGAGCGAGAAUACGGCCAGGAUGAUACUGGUAGCGUCUUGUAUGCCGAUGUCAGGUCACAGAUGGCGAAUCCUACAGCGGCAUUUAAGCUUGUCAUCCCUCCUCGCGAGCUCAUUCGAGACACCAAUGAGUCGGCAGGCAAGUUGAUCACUGGCUACAAAUUGCGCACCAACACUCUCGUCAACUUCGUGUGGGACGAGAGCGUGUCCCCAGAGAUCCGCAAGAAACCUUUUCUUAAGGAUAGUGCUGCCAGCAAAGCGCAACAAGUCAGGAUCCCAGACAUACCUGAUGUUGCGAGCAAGGCGAACGAGGCUGGCAACGGCUCAUCCAUGACAGGCAUGCCGGCUCAGAGCAAGCCAAGCGCUAGUGGUGACGGAUCUGGCUUUAAAAAGCCAAAGUGGCUGAAAGGCUUCAGCAAAAAAUAAGAUGAUUGACGACA